UUGGAGAUGGAGCCCAAAGCCAAUAACCUUGUUUUUGGGUGUCAGCGAAGCUCAACAUCAGACGAUGACUCUGGCUGUGCCUUGGAAGAAUAUGCCUGGGUCCCCCCAGGCCUCAGACCGGAGCAGGUCCAGCUCUACUUCGCCUGCUUGCCGGAGGAGAAGGUCCCUUACGUUAACAGCCCUGGGGAGAAGCACCGAAUUAAACAACUCCUCUAUCAGCUGCCACCCCACGAUAAUGAGGUGAGAUACUGCCAGUCUUUAAGUGAAGAAGAAAAGAAGGAACUGCAGAUGUUCAGUUCCCAGCGCAAAAAGGAGGCACUUGGCCGAGGCACUAUCAAACUGCUCUCGAGAGCGGUGAUGCACGCGGUUUGUGAACAGUGUGGUACAAAAGUAAACGGCGGCGAAGUCGCAGUUUUUGCCUCGAGAGCUGGGCCUGGUGUGUGCUGGCAUCCCUCGUGUUUUGUGUGCUUCACGUGUAACGAGCUGCUCGUUGACCUCAUCUACUUCUACCAAGACGGAAAAAUUCACUGUGGCAGACACCACGCUGAACUUCUCAAACCUCGAUGUUCAGCCUGCGAUGAGAUCAUAUUUGCUGAUGAGUGUACAGAAGCUGAGGGUCGCCACUGGCACAUGAAGCACUUCUGUUGCCUCGAGUGUGAAACAAUCCUGGGUGGCCAGAGAUACAUCAUGAAGGAUGGGCGACCGUUCUGCUGCAACUGUUUUGAAUCUCUGUAUGCGGAAUACUGUGAGACCUGCGGGGAACACAUUGGUGUUGACCAUGCUCAGAUGACCUAUGAUGGACAGCACUGGCACGCCACAGAGACUUGCUUUUCUUGUGCUCAGUGCAAGACCUCUUUGCUUGGCUGCCCUUUCCUUCCAAAGCAAGGGCAGAUUUACUGUUCGAAAACCUGCAGCCUGGGAGAGGAUGUUCAUGCCUCCGACUCUUCUGAUUCUGCAUUUCAGUCUGCUCGAUCCAGAGAUUCCAGGAGGAGUGUCCGCAUGGGAAAAAGCAGCCGGUCGGCCGACCAGUGCCGCCAGUCUCUCCUCCUGUCACCGGCCCUCAAUUACAAAUUUCCUGGCCUCUCGGGCAACGCCGAUGAUACUCUUUCUCGUAAGCUGGAUGACUUAAGCCUUUCAAGGGAAGAGGCGAGCUUUGUUAAUGAAGACUUCUGGAAAGGAAGAGUAGAGCAAGAAAUGCCUGAAGACCCUGAAGAAUGGGCUGAACAUGAAGACUACAUGACUCAACUUCUUCUGAAGUUUGGUGAUAAAAGCCUCUUCCAGCAGCCUGCUGACAUAGACAUUAGGUCGAGUGAACACUGGAUUUCUGAUAGCAUGGUCAAGAGCAAGUUGGACUUGAAAAAAAAUAAUCCAAGCCUGGCAAGUAAGAAGUAUCAGCCAGACAUGUACUGGGCCCAGUCACAAGAUGGCUUGGGUGACUCCGCGUACGGCAGCCACCCAGGCCCUGCGAGCAGCAGGAAAAUCCAGGAGCUAGACAUGGAACAUGGGGCAUCAGGAUACAAACACGACCAAACGCCGUGGUAUGGAGGUUCACUCGAAUGUUUGUCUGACCUCAAACAGCAAGAGCAAAGUGUUCGAGACUCAAUGGAUUCUUUGGCUUUGUCUAACAUAACAGGGGCUUCAAUGGAUGGAGAAGGCAAGCCACGGCCAUCCCUCUACUCUUUGCAAACUUUCCAAGAACUGGAGGUGGAGGACUGUGAGAAGAUGAGCAACAUGGGAACGCUGAAUUCUUCAAUGCUCCACCGGAGCACAGAGUCCUUGAAGAGUCUGAGCUCAGAGUUGUGUCCGGAAAAGGUCUUACCAGAGGAAAAGCCAGUGCACAUGCCUGUACUGAGAAGAUCUAAAUCCCAGUCUCGACCACAGCAAGUGAAGUUUUCAGAUGAUGUUAUUGAUAAUGGAAGUUAUGAGAAUCUUGAAAUACGUCAGCCUCCGAUGAGCGAGAGGACUCGUAGGCGCGUUUACCAUUUUGAAGAGCGUGGAAAUCGGCCUUCUCAUCAUCGUCGAAGAAGCAGGAAGUCUCGUUCAGAUAAUGCACUUAACUUGGCCACAGAAAGAAGAUGCUCUCCAAGAGAGAGAUUUCGUUAUUACUCCCCUCAGGAUCACGAAAAAUUUAUUCAAAAUAGAAGCUCACGUGAGAUUCGGGCGUAUAUUCAAGAUGCAGAGCUGUAUGGACAAUAUGCCCACACUAGGUCUGAUUAUGCACUGCGGAAUCAGGUUGUUGAUAAAUUUUUUGGAUUGUAUGGUGAAGAUGAUGACUCCUGGUGUUCAACUUCAUCCUCCUCAUCCGAUUCUGAAGAGGAAGGAUAUUUUCUAGGACAGCCAAUUCCACAGCCACGAUCACUAAGAUACCCGUACUAUACAGAUGACCUUUCUGGUCCAACUACUGCGUUAUCUAGUUCUCAGUUUGGACAAAGGACAACCAAAUCAAAGAAGAAGAGGGGACACAAAGGAAAAAAUUGCAUCAUUUCUUAA